AUGAGCAAACUCCAGCCACCGUCGGCCAAGCAAUUCCCAGGUUAUCAACCGAGCAAUAUCAAAAUCCAUAAAAACUCUGUGCGGUAUACCAAUGUCAGAGUGCCAGCCAAGAAUGUUUUGUGUCUACCGGGAAAGGGGGCGGAGGUGGUAUUUGGGGCGUUUGAUGGGAGCGCGGUGCUGGUUGGGGCGAUGGGGGUGGGGUUGAUGAGGGCUGCUUUUGACGCUGCGAUUGCAUUUGCCAAGAGGGAUGAUAGGGGCGGGGUGGUGCCGUUGUUGGAGAGGCAGGCUUUUGCGGAUUUGUUGAGCGGGGUGAAGAUGCAGACGGAGGCGGCAAGGGCGUUGACGUGGAAGGCGGCGCAUGCGAUGGAGAAUGGGCCGGGGGAGUAUGAUGCCAGGCGAGAGCUGGCGCUGGGGGCGAAGGUGUUUGGGAGUGAGGCUGCGGUGAAGGCUUGCACGGAUCUGAUUAAUGCGGUUGGGAUUACUGCGUAUGACCUUGAUCAGCCGUUCUCAGAUCUGCUCAACACUGCGGUUGUGCUGCCGAUUUUUGAUGGUGGAAAUGUGGGCAUCAGGAGACGGCACUUGCAGCAGUUGAUGCUUUCCCCAACGUACGAUGCAUGGGCGGCCACCUAUGGGCCCUCGCAGGAGUGA